AUGUUUGUUUUGCUCCUGCUCCACCCCCCCCCCCACUGUCUCCCCCUCACCCCCCACUGUCUCCCCCUCACCCCUCACCCCCCAAUGUCUCCCCCUCACCCCUCACUGUCUCCCCCUCACCCCCUAAUGUCUCCCCCACCCCCCCACUGUCUCCCCCCCCCCCCCCACUUCCCCCCCCCCCACUGUCUCCCCCUCACCCCUCACCCCUCACUGUCUCCCCCUCACCCCUCACCCCUCACUGUCUCCCCCUCACCCCUCACUGUCUCCCCCACACCCCUCACUGUCUCCCCCUCACCCCCCUCACUGUCUCCCCCCCCCCCCCCCACUGUCUCCCCCUCACCCCUCACUGUCUCCCCCUCACCCCUCACACCCCUCACUGUCUCCCCCUCACCCCUCACUGUCUCCCCCACACCCCUCACUGUCUCCCCCUCACCCCCCACUGUCUCCCCCUCACCCCUCACCCCCCACUGUCUCCCCCUCACCCCCCACUGUCUCCCCCCCACACCCCUCACUGUCUCCCCCUCACCCCCCACUGUCUCCCCCUCACCCCCCACUGUCUCCCCCUCACCCCUCACCCCCCACUGUCUCCCCCUCACUCCCCUCACUGUCUCCCCCCACUGUCUCCCCCUCACCUCCCUCACCCCCCCUCACUGA